UCCAAUCCGAAUCACCGAAAAGGUAAACAAGCCUUGAAAAUUCUCUAUUUUCUUGUUAAAUAUGGCUCGACAACUGGCAAAAUUGGGAUAUCUGGAGACGAAAAAGACACUGUUUCUGCUGUGUGACUUGCAGGAAAAGUUCCGACCUGGAAUGAAGCUCUUUGAUCCCGUUGUAAAGAAUGCAGCAAAGUUGGUACAAGCAGGUAAAAUCCUAAAUGUGCCACUGAUUGCUACGGAGCACUAUCCGGAAAAGUUGGGACCGAUUGUCAAGGAGCUCGAUUGUUCGCAUGCCAAGGGUGUCUUUUCGAAAACGUUGUUUAGUAUGUGUACGCCGGAAGUUCAGUCGAAAAUGAAGGAGCUAGGUGACUUGGAGUCUGUCGUUUUGUUCGGAUUGGAGGCACACAUUUGUCUGGAGCAGACGGCCAUGGACUUGCUGAAAGAGGGCUUUGCGGUGCACGUUGUUGCCGAUUGUUCCGUUUCGCGGUCUGCCGAGGAUCGAGCGUUGGCAUUGGAACGUCUCAGGCAGCUGGGAUGCUUUGUGACGACAAGUGAAAAUGUCAUCUUUAAGUUGUUGCGAGACAAAAACCAUCCGGAUUUUAAUCAAGUGAGAAAACUAGUCGCACAUCCGUCGGAAGACACGGGAUUGGCAAAGCUGUGAAAUUGCGAAAAAAUUGUGUUAUUUGGCCUUUUGAAGGAUUUAGAAAUAAAGUUGUUAAAUUUUAUUUUUUUUAAGGACAUUUUAAUGUUGAUUCGAACUUAACCAGGGUUUUUUAAUAAAAGGUUUUUAAGAUAAAAAAAA